AGUACUUUGGUCGCCAGAAAAAAAAAUCUUUUCGAUAUCAUUUAAGGAUUGUUGUAAUUCGACAAUUCCUGUCGGGAUAAAAGCACUAUCAAGAACUUGACUCAGUUAAAACAGGAACUCAUGUUUAGAAGUUUUUUGUGGUAUCACUGUAUGGCGGCACUUUUAAAGGCGAUAAAAAGCGGAUUGACGAUGCACGAGAAGCUUAAAAACUGACUUUAAGAGGAAAGGAAAAAAAGAACCUGCCUUGAAUGAUAAGGCGUUUGAGGAAUCGAUGAUAUCGCGUCGUGAUUAUUGUCAUACCUUGCGUAGCAGCCAGGACUUCAAGGCUUAGCAAAACUGCAAGACAUAAAAAAAGGUCGUGACGACUGGCCGUGCUUUUGACCUUGCUGGAAGAAAAAUGAUAUACGACAGAUGUUUUUGUUGGUUUCAUUUCACUGGGUUUACUAGUUGAGGAACAUUUGGUUUCAAGGAAUCUACAAAGCUCAAACCAAGAUCGACCAGUUCGGUGGUGUUGAAAUACCAUGGGUUGUUCGUCGUCCAUUGAUCGCCAUCAAAGACGUGUCAACCCAGACCCUAUUGAUAUCCCACUUUCUAAAGCUCAGAAGUAUUUAGUCCGAGAGACGUGGGAGACAGUCGAACUGUAUAAGAACAACGUUGGAAAGCAGACUUUUCUCAGAUUUUUUGAAAACAACCCAGAGUUCCAGAAGCUGUUUCCCGAAUUCAAAGAGCUCAAGUACGAAGAGCUUCAAAAGGCUAAUGCGUUACACGGGCACGCUAAACGUGUGAUGAAAGCUGUUGAGAAUGCUGUGUCGGCGAUGGAUGAUGCCGUCAGCUUUAGUGCGUAUCUUGAAGAACUCGGAAGAAGACACGUUGCACGAUCGCUUAAGCCAUCAUAUCUUGACGCCAUGCAGGCAGCGCUAAUGGAUAGUUUGAGACAAACGCUUCAAAGUGAAUGGACCGAUGAGACGGCCAUAGCCUGGAACAAGCUCUUUCGGUUUAUUGCUGAUACUAUGAUAACUGGUCUUCAAAGUUCUCAUACCACCUGACUUUGCUUUCCUGGUCUAGAUCUGUAGUGCAGCCGGCUGGCUAUCUUGACCCACAUUAUCAACUAACAAGUUUUUUAAAAAAUUUUAAAAUAUAAGGAAAACUUUUUCUACGUGUAUCAAAGAAGUUAUCAGUAUCUUCUGAAAUUGUGCCAAAGAUACCGAAGGAAUAGACUCAUCAUGUGCGUCUAAAACAGACUCGAUUGAGCAAAGAACGAUAGUUGAAAACAUAACGAACGGACCACGAAAAAAUAGCAGAUACGUGAUGAUCAACCAUGAUUUAGGAUCCCAAAUCCCCCAAAUGCCCACGACAAUUUUAAAAGACCAUGUAGUAUAAUAGAUAGGAUUAACAAAUGCUGUCCAUGACCAACAAGCAUCCCUUUCUAUCGGUAUUACAUGGACUUCGUGAAAUUAUUGGGGUGUCAGGUGCGUGUAUAUAGCCACCAUAUGUAGGUAGGGAAAAAACCAAGGAUUUGGUCUUAAUUUCUAAAGAGUUCUAUAAAUAAAAAGAAAACAGUCCCCGAACACGAAAUACAAAGAAAUGAGUGACCCGCUUUUAUCGUUAUUUUUCCCUCCCCUAGUCUUUUCAUCACGCUGGUCGAUAAACGUAUGACCAGCUCUAGAAUAUUGCUGUGUGACUUCCGAACGCAACAGCGCGACAAAUUGCACGUUAUUUUGGCGGGAAUGGUGACUCAAAUUUUAAGGGAGAAGUGCUCUUGAAAAAGAUUGUUCCAUACUAAAGCGAAAUGCAGAGAAAAUAUUACUCAUAAAAAAGUUCAAAUAUUGAUUUCGGGAAGCUAGGAGGUCGCAUAAGUUAUUGUCAGCGAUUAAAGGUCAGCAAAAAGUGCGUUUUCAAGUAACUUAAAACCUUAGAAGGAUACCCUAAUUUAUGCCUUUACGUCUUCAAUUAAUACCUAGUUCUUUAUUAUAGUUUAUAAUCCCGGGUUUAUAAUUGCAUAUUAAUGUUUUUGCCUGCUGUGGAAGUCACACGGGUCAUACAAAACUGAUGGGGAAAAUGCACGACAGUACGUGCUUAAUCAGCUGGCUUGAAAUCAGUUCACAUGGUCUUGUAGUUAGAAUUGUAGAGUGGGAUCCCAUUCUAGACGUCAGCAAAGGCCUAGAUUUUAGCCAUUUCUUUCUCUGACAUAAAAAAGAGUUACUAUAUGGCAUUAAAAUCAGUUCAGCCGAAUGGUUUAAUUUGUAGUUAGAGCUCUUAGUGUGGAUGACAGAGCCAUACGCCACAGCAGUUUCGUCUUUGAUAGUGAACAAAUUGACUUCUAUGGCAGAGGUACUGUACUUCAUACUCUCUUGGUUCAGAUGAUUUUGCAGCUUAGUCUAAGAGCUCUUACUAUAGUUGACAGAGUCUUACAUUAAAGCUAUUUUAUCUUU